AUGCUAUUAGCUAUUACAUUUUUAGUAUUGGAAUAUUUCGGAGGUAUAGGACUUGUAUCCCAACCCAAUAAUAAUUCUACAGUGGAAUUUAGGGUUCAUUCUAUUAAGGAUAUAACUAAUAUAAUUAUACCGCACUUUGAUAAUUAUCCCUUAUUAACUAAAAAAUAUUCCGAUUCUAUGCUUUUUAAAAAUGUUAUUAAUUUAAUGUUAGAAAAACAGCAUACUAAUCUAGAGGGAAUACAAAAAAUAAUUAAUACAAGGGCAUCUAUGAAUGGAGGUUUAUCUGACCAAUUAAAAAAGGCUUUUCCUGAAACUAUUCCUGUUAUAAGAAAGAACUUCUUUAAAUGCGGAUAUGUAGUUAGAUAUGAAAAGCGUUCAAUAGCUGAGUUUGUAGUUACAAGAAUUGAUGAUAUAAUUAACCAUGUAAUACCUUUUUUUGAAGAAUAUAGUAUUGCAGGAUCAAAGUAUUCAAAUUAUUGUACUUUUAAAAUAGCUGCUUUUAUGGGUAAAAACAAAGAACAUUUAAAAGAAGAUGGUAAUGACUCGUUGUAUGGUAAAAACGGUUUGUAUGAAGAAAUGAAAUAG